GCCUCGACGAUGGCUCUCCGAGCAGCUACCCACCGGCUGACAAUAACCCCAGUUGAGGAGCUGCCGUCUAUGGCAGCGUAUCUCGCGUCGACCCUAGGAGAAAGUAGCGCCAUAUUGUCCACUCCAGAGCACCAGAGAAAGGCAGCGGGCGCAUCGGAUACUGGGCUACUGGUAACUAAGCUAAAAGCUCGAAUUACCAGUCUACUCCAAGACCGAAGCAUUGAAGGCCGGUGGACAGCAAUUAUAUUGGCUAAAGCUGCGAUUGAAGCUGGUCAAUGGGAAAUACUCCGUGGCUGUGAGCCUUGGGUUCGAGCGCUUUUGGCUAUCCUAGCUAAACCAGAUCCAUCAUCUUCGAAAAAAUUGGCUCUCAUUACCUUGACUCGAAUCUUUCGACUUACCCACCAGUAUCCGACUUUGACACGGGAAAUAACAACCCCGUGUUUGCCGUCGUUUGUAACUUCGUGCCUGAAUCUUAUAUCAGUCAAAUCAGCAUCCGAUGGAAGCAGAAAAUUGAAGCAGAAUAACCUGCUGAUUAUCCCAGUAUUUAGCUCUUUCUUGGAGCUUCUACCUAACCACCCUACAAUAUUCCGGCCUUUCUCUGCCCAGCUGCAUGAUUUGCUCGUACCUCUGAUCGGUUCUCUCGGCUCCAAUGAUUUUAUUUCUGAACCCCUUAUAUAUCUGGCUCAACGCCUGUUCGUGUCUCUCCAUCACUGUGCUCCAAAAAAUACAUCUGGAGACGAAUGGGUCAAAGCAUACCGGUCAACGAUAUCAUCUGCUCAUCGCGUGGGAGAUCAUCUUUUCAGGGCAGUCAUAGAGCAAUGGGAAUCCGUUGAUGUUGAAAAACGCAGACCCGGAAGAUCUAGAGACUACAAUAGCCCAGUUGGUGAUGAUGGUCCUGAUCCACUCGGGCUUCAGGGUUGGGAUGGCGUUCAAGAAGGCAGUGGUCGGCUGGUUAGCUUGUUGCGGUUACUGUCACAGUUUCUAUCGACUCAUACACAUUCGAGCGUGUCCAUUCCUAUUGGUUAUACUCUCGACCUAACAGCCCGGUUAGCCUCCCUCAGUAUUCCCGGCUUGGAAAAUGAGGACGAUAGAUCAAAUUUAAUCAACCGCGGAAUCAGCCGGGAUGAACGGGAAAGUUUAUUCAGCGAACUCCCAAGUAUCCAUGUUUCCGUACUGAAUUUGCUUUCUACAGUCGUGAAAACAAUUGGAGCUGGGAGUACUUCGAUCGCUCAAACUUGCCUUGACCAGGCUCUCUGGAUCUUUGACGCGACAAACGGUAAGAAAGCCGUUCGGAUAGCCGCCUACGGGUGUAUAGAAACUACAUUGCCCAUUAUUGGGUAUACAUUUACAAAAGCAGCAAUUGGUUUGCUGGCCCCAGCGAUACGACUCGCGUGUGCCGAUUUACUACCCCAACAUAACCCCACACAGUUGAUCGAAAAGGCACCUCAGACCAAAGGAAGCCAAACUGCAAUUAAUGCAGACGCAUUCUUGGGCACCAAUGCUACAUCUAAAGCCAUAGAUCCCAAACUGUCAAACUCCAAGGAGAUCCAACUCCCUGGCCUCGAGCUGUUGGCGAACUUUCUCACGUGCAUUCCGACAGAUUUGAUCCCUUUGUCCCUACGUGCGGAAAUUGAUCGAACUGCGAUCCUUACGGGGGCCGUGAAACUUAUGAUGGCUAGCGUGCUUAAUCCUAUUCCACCCACAAGCAAUCAACGAGGUCAUGCCAGUAUCAUGCCAUUCCUCGCGAGGAGUAAUAUAGGCGACCUGGAAGUUGAAGGAUUAUUGCGGCCACGGAUGCCGGUUCUCGUGACUGGUACUGGGAAAAGAAAACUCACGACCCAAGAAGAAGACAUCAGGAUGGAGCGCGAAGACUUGGGCACCAUGGACCGUGAUAUUUACAAACAACCGACUUUGCUGGCUGAAAAUAGUGAUAUGCUCGACGAUGCAUCAGGGCACUGUCACCAAAGAUGA